AUGGCAGAGCAGCACAGCGCACCGGAGCAGGCUGCGGCCGGCAAGAGCCACGGCGGCCUCGGGGGCAGCUACAAGGCGAUCGUGUACGAAAUGGAGAACUUCCAGGGCAAGAGGUGCGAGCUCACAGCCGAGUGCCCCAAUCUGACGGAAAGCCUGCUGGAGAAGGUGGGCUCCAUCCAGGUGGAGUCGGGCCCGUGGCUGGCAUUUGAGCGCAGGGCCUUCCGCGGGGAGCAGUACGUCCUGGAGAAGGGGGACUACCCUCGCUGGGAUGCCUGGUCCAACAGUCACCACAGCGACAGCCUCCUGUCCCUCCGGCCCCUGCACAUUGAUGGCCCGGAUCACAAACUGCAUCUCUUUGAGAACCCAGCUUUCGGCGGCCGCAAGAUGGAGAUAGUGGACGAUGACGUGCCCAGCCUCUGGGCUCACGGCUUCCAGGACCGUGUGGCGAGCGUCCGGGCCAUCAACGGGACGUGGGUUGGCUACGAGUUCCCGGGCUACCGCGGGCGCCAGUACGUGUUCGAGCGGGGCGAGUACCGCCACUGGAACGAGUGGGACGCGAACCAGCCGCAGCUGCAGUCCGUGCGCCGCAUCCGCGACCAGAAGUGGCACAAGCGAGGCGUGUUCCUCAGCAGCUGA